AUGGAUGACCAAGCAAGACAGAUGGGAAUUGGAAUAACUCCUACUUUAUUAAGCAAAUUACCACCUGGAGAAAAAAUAAUUCGUCCAAAGUCUGAAAAAGCCAAAGCCUUACAAGAAAUAAUGGAUUAUGCCAGAUUGGGUCUUGAUAUAGAAGAUGAAAGACCUUACGAUCCAAUGGAAAUUGAUCUUGCUAUUGUUAAUAUUGCAAGAAGGAUUGGAGGAAAUACUACUAUUCCUACUAUGAAUAUAGUUAAUGCAUCCCGAACUGUUAGAAAAAAGAAACCACCUGUUAGAAAGAGAGUUAUUAAAAAGGUUGUUAGACCCAAAAAUAAACGAGUAAACUUGGUUACCUAUGAAGAAGCAACAGAAGAUCCUAAUAAUAAGGAAGAGAAAGUUUAUAAAGAGAUAGUUUAUGAAGAUGAGGAUAAUGAAAAUGUUGAGUAUGUAGAAGUUGAAAAUAGACCUGAAGAGAUGCUUUGCAAUAAUUCCACUAUAGUUAUGAAUCUUGUAAAAAAAAAAGUAGUUAAAAAACUAUUACUAGAUAAGCUAGCUUACAAGAAAGUAAUAAACACCUCUACAAAUAUAUCUGAGAUUUGUAAAAAAAUUUUUCAAGAUGAGCUUAGAAAUAUUCUUAAUGAAUUAAAAACACUUUUAUCUUCUUAUAAUUUAUCACCAGAAUUAGCAAGCUCUAUGGCUUUAGAUAAACCUAUAGAUAUUAAUUUGGUAUGUCAUCUUGCUAAUGAUCUUACAACUGCUGAAUGUAGAAUUAAUAAUAUUUUAAUUCCCAAAGCAGUAUUGGAUGGAGGUGCUCAGUGUACUAUGAUAAGUAAAAAACUAGCAAGGCGUCUUGGAUUAAAAAUUGAUACAACCAAUCCUCCAUCUCUCGAGGGAGUUGCCACUGAUGCCAGCUCAUAUGGAUGGUGUUAUAAUGUACCGAUUACAUUUACAAAUAGAGCAUUAACAAGAGAUACAGAUUAUACAAUGAUACAUGAUGUAAUAGUUAGUGAUUAUGAUAAAUAUGCUUUGAUUAUUGGCACUGACUGGCUUGAUCUUGCUGGAGAUCAAAUAUUAAAGUAA